AUGACUUUUGAAACUUAUCAAGUUAAUGGAUAUAAAUAUUCAAAAUCCUCCGCAUCCGGUUCCGGUGUUGUAGUUAAGGGAACUUUGCACGAAAAUAAUCUUGAUUAUUAUGGUCAACUAAAAGAAAUUGUGAGACUUAUUUAUCAAGGAUGCAAUCACGUAUAUUUGUUCAAAUGUGUAUGGAUUGAUAGUCUUGGAAAUGGUGUGAGGAUCGAUAAGAAUCGAGUGGUGACGGUUGAUAUAACUUCAAGAUUGAGAUAUAACGAAGUUUUUAUUUUAGCUAGUCAAGCCUUUCAAGUAUAUUACGCUCCUAGCGUAUUGGAUCCACGAAGCCAAAUCUAUACGGUGGUCGAAUCUAAAAGUCAUUUGAUUGAUGAAUCAAUUAUUGUGCAAAACGAUAUAGAGGACGCUUUUCAAGAAGAUAGAUCUAAUGCCGCUAGCUCAUUUUCACUAUUUGUUGAUUUUGCACAAUAUGGACAAAUACCAUUUAUUUGGCUUGAAAAUCAAGAUGAUGAUGAUGAAGAAGACGAAUUGCGAGAUGAUGAAAAUCAAGAUGAUGAUGAUGUUGAGCACAAUGAAGAAGAGGAAAAUGAUAAUGAAGAUGAUGAUGAAGAUAAUGAUGAUGAUAAUGAAGAUGAUGACGGAUUGUGUGCUAUAUCUAGUGAAUCUGCUCAGUUUGUGAGCAACUUCCAGAGGUCACAACAGCCAGCUCCUUCCACUUAUCAUCCCAAUAAUAGGAAUCAUUCGAAUUUCAGCUGGAGCAACAAUCAGAACUUCAUGCCACAACAGCAACAACAGUUUCAGCAGCAAGGAGCUAGACCUUUCAACCCUACUUGUUUCCAACAACAGUUUGCACCGAAGCAGCAAUUCCAUCCACCCCGAUUCCAUCAACAAAAUCAAGGGGUGGCUGGACAGUCUUCCAAUGAAAGGUCUGAAUUGGAAGAAUUGAGGUUAAUGUUUAAAUGCCAAGCGGUAUCAAUCGGGACUUUGGAGAAUCAGAUUGGGCAAAUUGCUAAUGCGUUGCUUAAUAGACCACAUGGAACUCUUCCUAGUGAUACUGAGGCAAAUCUGGGCAAGAAGGAAGUGAAGGAACAAGUACAUGCUGUCACCUUGAGGUCCGGAAAGGUUACGAAGGAUAGAGAUUUAGCAACAGUUUUCUUUCGGCUUAUUUUCGAAUUCGGAAUUCGGGACUUGACCCGAUUUUCGAAAAUAGACUCGGGAUUUGAUCCGCCCCAAUUCCAGAAUAAUGGUGGAUCUUCGGGCGGAUUUAGACAGAACAAUCAGAGGUACAACACCCGCAGCUUUCAGCAGAAAAAUGGGAAUCAGGGGAAUCAGCAAAACAGGUCAGGCAGUCAAUCUGGGAGUCAGUCAGGCGGUCAAACUGGUCAGAAUGGAGGAAGGUCUGCUUGUGCACACUGUGGGAAAAUGCACAGUGGUGUUUGUCACUGGAUUUUUAGGGCAUGUUUCAAUUGUGGCCGUCAAGGUCAUACUAUCAAGGACUGCAAGGCACCGUUGAAGAAAUCUGGGGACCAAAAUAAUAAAGAUGGGAAGAAUGAGCAGAAAAGUUCUGGACGCGUGUUUUCUCUCACUGCAAAGGAUGCGGCUAACUCUUCAGGUACCAUCACAGGAACACUUCCUAUUGGUAAUAGUAAUGCUACAGUCUUAUUUGACACUGGUGCCACACAUACAUUUGUUUCUACAUCUUACGUCAAACAUCUAUGCAUUGCACCUACUACAUUGUUGUAUGGAGUUUCUGUUGCUAACCCUAUGGGGUUAAAUAUGUCUGUGAAUGUUCAAUAUCUUGAGUGUGUGGUUAGACUUGAAGAUAGAGAAUUAUCUGUUGAUCUCUUACCUAUUCCGAUGCGAGACUUUGAUGUUAUUUUGGGGAUGGAUUGGUUGGAACAACACAAGGCUACUAUCGACUGUCAGCAGAUGAAGAUAAUUUUUGGCGACCCAAUUUCACCCGAGUUCGAGUUCCAAGGUUCAAAGCUUAAUUCUCUGGAAAAAUUUAUUUCAGCUAUUAAGGCACGGAAGAUGAUUGCACAUGGUUGUGACGGAUACUUGGCUCAUAUUGUCGAUUCUUCUAUAGAGCAAACUAAACUUGAUGACGUCAGUGUGGCUCGUGAGUUUCCUGAUGUAUUUCCAGAGGAUUUGGAUGGAUUACCACCACAUAGAGAGGUGGAAUUUUCUAUUGAUUUGAUACCCGGUGCACAACCAAUUUCCAAGGCUCCGUAUAGAAUGGCUCCGCUUGAACUACAAGAGUUGAAGGAACAGCUGCAGGAACUACUUGAUAAAGGCUUCAUCAGACCUAGUGUUUCACCAUGGGGAGCACCAGUAUUAUUCAUGAAGAAGAAGGAUGGUUCGAUGAGGCUUUGCAUUGACUAUCGGGAGUUGAAUCGAAUUACUGUGAAGAAUAGGUACCCACUACCCAGGAUUGAUGAUUUAUUUGACCAGCUACAGGGGGCAAAAUAUUUCUCAAAGAUUGAUCUUCGUUCAGGCUACCAUCAGUUGAGAGUGAAGGCAAGUGAUAUCCCUAAGACAGCAUUUAGGACUCGGUAUGGGCACUACGAGUUCUUGGUAAUGUCUUUCGGGUUGACCAACACACCAGCAGUUUUUAUGGACUUGAUGAACAGGGUAUUCAAAGAUUUUCUAGAUAAAUUUGUGAUCGUGUUUAUUGAUGACAUCUUGGUGUACUCGAAGACUAAAGAAGAACAUGAAGAGCAUCUUAGAUUGGUAUUGGAAACGUUACGGGAGCACAAGUUGUAUGCAAAGUACAAGAAGUGUGAAUUUUGGCUCGAUCAGGUUGCCUUUUUGGGACAUAUCGUAUCAGUAGAUGGAAUCAAGGUGGACCCUGGAAAGGUUGAGGCUAUUACCAACUGGCCGAAACCUAGUACUGUGACGGAGUUUUCGAGAAUUGAAGAAGAGACUUGUGACAUCUCCAGUUUUGACUCUACCGUCUGGAAUGGGCGGUUAUGUGAUCUAUAG